UUACCUCUUAGUACUGUUUUUUAUUCUCUUGUCGCGGGGUGUGUCCAGCAGAGCAGCACUGAGCGCUUGUCGGAGUCUGUCCGGAUGUGUAUGAUGUCUGAUCACUUGUUCCUCACCACUUGCACCAGUGCGCAGCUGGCGCGCAAUGGAUUUACUGUGGAAAUUCUUCUAUUUCGUAUUUAACAAGUUUCCCUGCUCUCUGAAUGGAUCUGAAUAAAGCGACGAUGAUAUUCGUAACUUUUUGGAUAAUGUUGCCUGUCCUUGAUCUAGUGCUCUUCUCAAAGGCAGAUGCGAUCGCACAGUCUCGUUCGGUUCGAGUGGACUGCGUUAGGGCUCAUGAACAGUGUUUGGCGAAAUACAUCUGCAGCACUAAGUACCGAACCAUGAGACAGUGUGUGGCCGGGAGAGCCAGUAACUUCAGCAUGCUGGCUGAACCCGAGGCGCAGGACGAGUGUCGGAACGCCAUAGAGUCUAUGAAACAGAGUCCUCUGUACGACUGCAAGUGUAGGAGAGGAAUGAAGAAAGAGAAGAACUGUCUGCGCAUCUUCUGGAGUAUAUACCAGAGUUUACAGGCCAAUGAUUUGCUGGAGGACUCGCCAUAUGAGCCAGUAAACAGCCGUCUGUCUGAUAUUUUUCGUCUGGCUCCCAUCAUAUCAGGUGAGGCGGCCUUUACGAAAGACAACAACUGCCUGAACGCCGCCAAGGCCUGCAACCUGAAUGACACGUGUAAGAAGUAUCGCUCCUUCUACAUCAGCCCCUGCACCAGUCGAGUCUCGACUACUGAGGUGUGUAACAAGCGCAAGUGCCACAAGGCCCUGCGGCAGUUCUUCGACAAGGUCCCACCGAAGCACAGCUACGGCAUGCUUUACUGCUCCUGCCCCUCCGGGGAUCACUCGGCUUGCUCCGAGCGCAGGCGUCAGACCAUCGUGCCAGCCUGCUCAUACGAGGACAAGGAAAAACCCAACUGUCUCUCCUUGCAAGCCUCCUGCAAGACCAACUACAUCUGCAGAUCUCGUUUAGCUGACUUUCUCAGCAACUGUCAACCUGAGGCGCGCUCCAUUUCAGGAUGUCUGAAGGAAAACUAUGCAGACUGUCUGCUGGCAUAUUCAGGUCUCAUUGGUACGGUGAUGACCCCUAACUACCUCCGUGCCCCUGGCAUCAGCGUGUCUCCUUGGUGUGACUGUAGCAACAGCGGAAACGGAAAAGCAGAGUGUGACAAGUUUACCGAGCUUUUCACCAACAACCGUUGUCUCCGCAAUGCCAUCCAGGCGUUUGGUAAUGGCACAGAUGUUGGUGUGUGGCAACCCCAGCCACCCAUCAUGUCCACUCCACCUGACCCUUACACUCCACAAAGAGGACGGGACAGGACGUCCAACACACUGGAUGACCCAUCACACACCAAUGAGCUGGACAGUAAUGCGGACCAUCUAUACAGCUUCUGUGGAAGCCUGCAGGCUCAGAAACUGAAAAGUAAUGCUACUCUGGAUGUUCUUUGCGUGGAUCCGCAGCUGAAUGACCCCAGUAGGUUUAAUGCAAUCUCUCGGAGCUCGACUAGUGCUGUCUGCCUGAUGGACUGGACUGUUCUCUUGCUGUCUCUGGUCUCAUUCCUUGGGCAUCUCACAGCCUCACAGACAUUAUAGCCGCUCGCCGAUCAGACCUGAUGGACUGCUGCUGCUGCCGCCGCCUCUGUACCAUACAAAAAUGUUGUAUUUUGAGUUGUUUUUUCCGCAAGUGGUUCUUCUGUGCGCGGUGUGGUGUUUCGCUGUGAUGAAACUAUUCUUGAUCCACCUGCUUUUUUUCAUCACUUAUCGGAGAUAACGGACAAACACGGACAUACUGUAUUUGCGCAUCAGAGGAAGGUCAUCUAGGAUUACUUCUGUUGCGAAAACUUUCUGCAAACAGGUGUCGCCCAAACCAUUUUUUCUACCAUCACAGCAAGAUCUGGUUGAAAAUACAAAGAUGCAUGGAGACCCCAGAACCACUUCUGACAAUUAAAGAUUGAUGAAGCUUCUGCGUACUAGGGUGC